CGUGCCGGGAACGUUGGUUCCGCUGCCGGGGGCGGAGGCCGGCUCGGGGGCCUUGCGCUACGGGCUCCUGCAGCCCGCGCAUCACACCCGAGCCCUGCCCCAGGCCUGAAGCUGCGGACCUGGCUCUGGGCAGAGCCGCCAUUGCCAAACUGUCAGCGUUUUGAAGGGGCUCUGGAAUACAAUACUGGCAAAAGGGGACACUUGAAAAUGAUGUGCAGAAGAAAUAGGAAGGUACCAGAGCUCCAUGACUGUCAGACCCUCCCUGUAGCAUUCCUGUCGCAGUUCCUCAUAGCAGAGGCUGAAAAGGGCUGUGAACCCCAGUCCCCACCACCCUCAGGCCGGUCAGCACACACAGACAUUGUUCUCCUUAGGAGGAAUGUAGCUGCAAUCGUAGCAUCUUGCAGCCUUCCCUGACUCCUGCUGCGAUUAAUGGAGCUGUACAUUUUGCAACAAAUGUGUAACCACCUACUGGUUUAAGACUGUUGCCAUGGCUACUCCCUCCUCCACCAUGACAGCAAGAAUAUAACUUGGACCUCCUUCUUCAGAAGCACCAGCCUCCUACCACCUGUGCUGAAGACCUGUUGCCAUCAUCCCCUCUAGGCUCAGCAGUGGAAGAGUGGAGCAGAUGAGAUGGAACCCAUGGAGCUGUUGGUCUCUAUGGAGGAGCUUCAGGAUCAAAGUUGGAGGUGACAGAGUGACCUUAGAAGAUGUCGAACCAGAGUAACGGUGACACUAAGCCCCCAUGCCUACCCCGGAAUGGAUUGGUGAAGAUUCCCGCCCAGCCCAAUGGACUUGGCUCAGCCAGCAUCACCAAAGGGACCCCAGCAGUGAAAAACCGCCUAUGCCAGCCUUCUUCCAUGCCUGCUAUCAUCAGCCCAGCCUUAUCAAAUCACAGUGACCUGCCCAUAUCCAGCCUGGCAUCACCGCUGUCCUUGGCAACUCUGGCAGGGGUGUCCUCCCCUUCUGGCACCUCUGUGGUGGGACUGAACUCAAGUGAGGCCUCCUCUACAAAUGAGCACUCCUCCCCAGAGAGGGCUCCUGGCUCCCCCACAGAAAGGCAGCUGGCUGUGGAUGAGAAGAUCCUUAACCGCUUGUUCUGGUACUUUUCAGCCUGCGAGAAAUGCAUCCUGGCCCAAGUGUGUAAAGCAUGGCGGCGGGUCCUCUACCAGUCCAAGUUCUGGGUAGGCCUCACACCUGUCCUGCACACCAAAGAGCUCUACAACAUCCUGCCCAGUGGUGAGAAGGAGUUUGUCAACCUACAGGGCUUUGCCAUCAGGGGCUUCGAUGGCUUCUGUCUGGUGGGAGUCUCAGACCUGGACAUUUGUGAGUUCAUUGACAACUACCCCUUGUCCAAGAAAGGGGUGAAGUCCAUGAGCCUUAAGAGAUCGACUAUCACAGAUGCAGGACUUGAGGUGAUGCUGGAGCAGAUGCAGGGUGUGGUGCGACUGGAGCUCUCUGGCUGCAAUGACUUCACAGAAGCCGGGCUCUGGUCCAGCCUGAAUGCCCGCAUCACCUCCCUGAGCGUCAGUGAUUGCAUCAACGUGGCUGAUGAUGCCAUCGCUGCCAUCUCCCAGCUGCUGCCCAACCUGACGGAGCUGAACCUACAGGCGUACCAUGUGACGGACACAGCCCUGGCCUAUUUCACCGCCAAGCAGGGCUAUACAACUCACACCCUGCGCCUCAACUCCUGCUGGGAGAUCACUAACCACGGGGUAGUCAACAUGGUGCACAGCCUGCCCAACCUGAGUGUGCUCAGCCUCUCUGGCUGCUCCAAGGUGACUGACGAUGGGGUGGAGCUGGUGGCCGAGAACCUGCGGAAGCUCCGAAGCUUGGACCUGUCCUGGUGCCCUCGGAUUACUGACAUGGCCCUGGAGUACAUAGCCUGUGACCUUCAUAAGCUGGAGGAGCUCGUGCUGGACAGGUGCGUGCGGAUCACAGAUACUGGCCUCAGUUACUUGUCCACCAUGUCAUCUCUGAGGAGCCUAUACCUCCGUUGGUGCUGCCAGGUACAAGACUUUGGCCUGAAGCAUCUCCUGGGCAUGAGAAGUUUACGCCUCUUAUCUCUUGCUGGUUGCCCACUCCUGACCACCACAGGGCUUUCCGGCCUUGUCCAGCUUCAAGACCUGGAGGAGUUGGAGCUGACCAACUGCCCUGGUGCCACCCCAGAGCUCUUCAAGUAUUUCUCCCAGCACCUGCCGUGCUGCAUGGUAAUCGAAUAAGCAGUCCCCAGGAUUGGCCAACUGUUGGAGUCAUCUCCAAUCCCAAUCCAGCACUGACCGACCAACCAGAGUCAUCCGAUUGUUUGUUUUUCUUUCUUUCUAUUUUGAGAGAUGCAAAAGAUACUGGCGACUUAACUCCACCACCACGUGUAAAACAAACCAGAAUUAUUCACAUCACCACACCCGGUGACAGUGCCUGGAGAUUGAGAUUUGCUCUCUCAGUGAAAGGAGGCUUCUGUCUGUUCAUAUGCCGCAGACUUCACAAGAGAACCCCUCUGCAAGGUUUGUAAAUUUCCCACACCUCCAUCAUCUCUCAUCGUCUUUGUAGUGGUCUGUCCUGAAAGAUUUUAACUUAAAAAACAACUCACAAAACAAAACAAAACACAAUAAAGCUAAACAAAUCACACAGAAAGAGACAGAGAGAGAGAGAGAGAGCAAUGCAAAUUGAUGAGUUGGCCCAGGACCAUGUGAUCUCACACCCUGUGUGCCGUUCCCCCUCAGUGCUGGAUUUCACGUGGUUUCCGUCUGGAUGUCUCUCAUGAUGGAGAUUAGAAGUUCCACCUGCUCCACCCAUGCUUCUGGGUGGGCUCAGAGGUGAGUCUGGGGUGGGGUCUAAUUGAAGCCCUUCCUCUGGGUAUUGCAUGGUCGAGCCCGGAGCUGAAAUGUCCGGUGUUGCUGGGAGCUGAACCAGAAGGUGAAGAAGGGAAGAGGAGGAUCCUAAGGGACAAAGAGACUUGAAGGAGAAGGGCCAGAAUAACUGAUGCCAUGGGUUCUUGUUUUGUCUCUUCAUUCCUCAGACGGGAUGCUGCAGGUCUCCCGUGCUGGAGGCGUUUAAAAAAUAAACCGACUAAUGCUGUGAAAGAGAAGCACAGGGCCCGAUCCUGAGACUUUUGGCAGGCUGGGUUCCUUUUGCUCCAGGAAGUGAAGCUGGUACGUUGACCGUGAUCGUCUUGUCUUCGUCGGAAGCACAGAUCCAUGGGCAAAUUUCCUGAGAAACAAACAAAUUGACCCAGCUGAGUUGUCACUCCCCCCACACACCCCUGUUCCCCAAACACCCAACAACCCUAAGGUCAUGUGGCCUGGGGUGGACGGUCGCCUACUGCUCUUUUCAUUUUGUUAAUAAGAUGUUCUUCUCAGAACAGCCUGCAGCCUUCGCAUGCUAGCUUGCUUCCGUCUUGUGGUAAGGUAGGUCCUGGAACGCGUGGGCACUGGGAGGGCCCGUGGGUGGCAGCUCCCUUCUCAUUCCCUUGCCCAGCUCCAGUUGUCUCCUCCAGUGUGAAGCUGGUGUGGCUUUGCAUUCCAUCCAUGUCCAUGCGUUGGAGUCCUGGUUUCACUGUGAGUUAUAUUCUCAGACAAGGGAACCUGAGACAGCUCCUUUCACUCCCACCCCUGCCUGGAGCCUCCUUCAGCUGUCUUCCUUCUCUCCCUGCAGCUUGGGAAGAGGAGAGAAAGCUUUUGGCUCCUGCUUUCUUUGCAGUGUGCCAUAAGCCCCCCUGUGUUAUUCCCCAAAGGUCCAGCUUGAGGGCAGCUCAGUUGCAGACAGAGUCAAAGCCAGAAACAUGUGAACCAGGCAGACCUGGGACCCUGCCUUCCCCUUCCCUGCAUUGCCGCUCCCACCAGCUGAGCAGGCUUUGCUACACUGUUUUUAGUCAGGCCCCAUCUUGACCCACUGUUGUGCCCUGGCUCUGGGGGGCCCUUCCCAUCUCACUGUUGCCUCCCCCAUUCUCAUCUAUGCCACCCGCAGGGUCCAGUUCUCCCACUGCAUCUGGAGUGCUUGGAGGCUCUUUCCUGAGUUACAUUCAGAUCCCAGGGGUAUGUGGGAGGAGGUCCCAGCUGAACCAUGCUGUCCACCCAAGCAAAGUCUCAGCAGCUGAAAUGUCUUUACAUCUGGUAAUGAAACCUUUUACUUUGUUGUAGGUUAUUUGCAGGGAAAGUGGGGGAGAGGAAAGUAGGGGCCAGGGAGAGCCAUUGCCUCUGUACUAAGGUCAGGUCAUGGUGAGCCAGGCUCUAUUUCCGUCACUGCUCAUUCUAGAGCCUGUACAUCUCUGCUCAAUUCACUACUUUGGGUGAGUCUGGA